AUGAUGUACUCUGAGACUUUUGCUGAGUGGCAACAAUCCAUAAACCUGAUGAAUACCACUCGCCUACCUCCUGUGGCUUUGGCGCCUGGAGGAAGCGAGCAGGGGCGGCCCAUUACUAGUGUCAGGGACUGUCCGGCCUGGGGCCGGGGUGGUGGUAGCUGGGCUCUCCUCCGCCUGUUGCUCCUCGGCCUCGUCCUGUACCGUGCCUGGCUGGCCGUCGGGGCAACCGUGGCCUGGUGGGGACUGAGCCUGAGCCCUGAGGUCAACGCGCCUUGCCCUCGCUCUUUCGGAACGCGGCGUCAGCGAAUCUGUUCACCGCGCCCCCCGGCCAAGUCUGUAGCCAGGAACCUCCUAGAGCCGCGGACCCUGCUCGAAGGACCGACCGCCGAACCGCUCCUGAUGGGCAGUUACCCGGGCAAGCCCGGCUCCCCGCAGCCGGUCCCGGUCCCCGAGGCCAGGAACCCGCGGGAGCGGCAGGUCCGUCGCCCUCCCACCCGCACCUCGGGUCUCUCAGCUCAGCGCGGGCAUCACAUUCGCUCCUCGCACCCCGCUCCUCUUUUCGGACCCUCCAGGAGGCCUUCCCGCAGGGCUUGUGGAACUUUAUCAAGUCGGUUUUUAAUAACACCUCGAAGGCAAUAUCCGAUUCAACAGGCCAAAUAUUCCGUUCUGGGGGUACUUCCCACAGUGUCCUGGAAUGGUUAUCACAAGAAGACUGUGCCAUCUCCUCCUAAUUCCAAGACGGUGUGCAGGCCAGUGACAGUGAGGAUUGCUCCUCCUGACAGCAAAUUGACUCGUUCUCCAAUAACAGAGCAGUUACUCAGCUCAACACUGUCCUCACCAUCAAGUAAUGCUCCGGACCCAUGUGCAAAGGAGACUGUGCCGCGUGCCCUCAAAGAGAGGAAGAAAAGAACACUGGAGAAAGAAGAACAUAUACUCACUGAUAGCCAGGAAAAUAAAAGAAGGUGCCAUGAUAGCAGUAGGGGAAGACAUUCAGCAUGUGAGCCCUUGGUGGCCAAUGGCUUCCCUGCUUCUUUUGUGCCUAAGCCUGGGUCUCUGAAAAGAGCUCUCAAUUCCCAGAGCUCAGAUGACCACUUGAAUAAGAGAUCCCGCACCUCCUUUAUGAGCUCCAUGACGAGCAGAUACACAGGAGGCAUUCUUAGCUCCAGGAGCAAUGCCAUUACCAGUUCUUACAGUUCUACUCGAGGUUUCUGUCAGCUAUGGAAGAGAAGUGGUCCAAGUUCAUCACCCUUUUCCAGACCAGCCUCAUCUCGCUCCCAGAUUCCAGAGAGGCCUGCAAAGAAAAUAAGAGAAGAGGAACUUUCCCAGCGUUCUAGUCCUUCAACUCCAUUAGUAACCGACAAGGAAUCCCAGGGAGGAAGGGUUGUAGAUACAAAAACCAGGAAGAAACAGAACUUGAGGAAUUCCCCACCUACACCUGGCAGCUCUAGGCAGCGUAAAGGGAAGUUUCAGCUGCUGCGCUCCAGGCGAGGGGACCAGCUGACCUUGCCUCCACCUCCCCAGCUUGGUUAUUCAAUUACUGCUGAGGACCUAGACUUGGAAAAGGCUUCAAUACGAUGGUUCAAUGAGGUCUUGGCAGAUAAAACUGAUGCUGCCUCGAGCUCAGUCACUGAGAACCCACCUACCACUCAGCCUGUUACUUUUACCCUGCCUGCAGCUGGGACCGCUCCCUCUCCAACCUCUCUCCCAGCCCCAAGCACCAAUCCUCUAUUGGAGAGCUUGACGAAGAUGCAGGAUUCCCCGGGCCCAACAUCCUUCCCAGAUGAUUCAGCUGGAGUGGCACCUCCUGUGGCCCAUUCGCCUCCCAAGACACCCAGCCUUCUGGGCCCUCUUGGCUCUUCGCAGUCAGCGCCCCUUCCGGGCACCUCCGCAGACUCCAAACCCACAGUAUCUUUCUUGGGGCUGUCCCCUGCGUCUUCCAUACCAGUCACUGACACCUCCAAGUCACCUCAGGCUGAGACAUCUGCCCCAUCCCAGGCCCUGUCUGCCCCAGCCCCCAGCCCCAAGCCAAGUCUUCUGUUUGGAAUGCUGAGCACUGCCCCUGCUCACCCUCCUGCCUCUGCAGCUCCUGCUGUGUCUUCAGCAUCUCCCAUGUUCAAGCCCAUUUUUGAGGCCCCACCUAAAAGCGAGAAUGAGGCCCCCAUGCUAUGCAGCCCUUGCAAGGUCACAACCACAGAAUCUUUUAGCUCUGCCCUUUCCACAGCUAUCAGCACCUCACCCAUCACUUUCAAAUCUGUUUUUGGCAACAUGGGGCCACCUACAUCUGUGUCCUUGUCAACUCCCUUCUCCUUCAAUCAGACAACUACUGCAGCCACAACCACAAAUGCCCCGCUCUUCACUGGCCAGGCCAGUGCCACCUCAACAAUGGCUUCUGCGACCACAGCCAGCACCUCUGCCGACUCAGCUUCGAAGCCUACUUUUGGCUCUGGUGUGAGCAAUGUGACCAGCACCAUGAACAGCAUGACCAGCACCACCACUUCCACCUCCCAGCCUUUCCUCUUUGGGAAUCCCCCUGCCAGUGGUGCCAGCUUUACCCCAGCCAUAGGCUCCAUAUUUCAGUUUGGCAAGCUUUCUGCCAUUCCUACUUCAACCACGAGGACAACCACCACCACCUUUGGCCAGUCCCUACCCAGUGCUGUGCAGGCAGCCACCAACAGCAGCACCGCUGGCUUCAGUGGUUUUGGCAGCACCCUUACAACCUCAGCCCCGGUCACCACCAGCCAGCCUAUCCUGACAUUCAGUAGCUCUACCACCCAAAUAUUCAGCAUUCCCUUUGGCUCAAACACUGAGGCCCCUCUCCCAUCAUAUCCGGGAGCUAACCCCCAGCCUUUUGCAGCCACUGAUGGGCAGCAACUGGGAGCUACCAAGCCAACCCUUGCCCCCAGCUUUGGCAACUCUUUCACUUUUGGAAACUCUGCAGCCCCAGCCGCAACUGCAACUCCAGCACCAACCCCAACCUGGCCAGCCUUUGGCAACACGGCGCAGUCAGCUUUUGGUGGUUUGAAACCCACAGCCUCCGCCUUUGGCACCCCUGCCAGCACCCAGGCAGCCUUUGGCAGCACCACAGCUGCCUUCUCCUUUGGUGCAGCCACCACUUCAGGCUUUGGACCUACAACUCAGACCAUCAGCAGCGGGACCAGUAGUUCAGUGUUUGGCAGCACAGCACCAUCGCCCUUCACAUUUGGGGUCUCAGCAGCCCCAGCUGGAAGUGGGGGUUUGGGGAUCAAUGUGGCUCCCCCAGGCACAAGCUCUACCUCUGGAGUGUUCAACUUUGGAGGAGGACAGGGUGGGACCUCUGGCAACAGCACCCCCUUUGUGGGAGGCUUGAGUCAGAACACACUGGGCGCACCCAGCCAGAGCACACCCUUUUCCUUCAAUGUGGCCAGCAUGCCCGAGAGCACGCCUGUGUUUGGAGGCCCCUCCACACCCGCCUUUGGUCAGAACAGCCCUGCCCCUGGAGUGGGCACAUCAGGAAGCAGCCUCUCCUGUGGGGCAUCCUCAACACCCACCCAAGGCUCUGUUGGCAUCGGACCUUUCGGAUCAGCGGCCCCUUCACUUUCCACUGGUGCAGGAUCCAAGACCUCAGGGGCUCGACAGCGACUGAAGGCCCGAAGGCGGCACACCUGCAAGAAAUAGUGUUUGUCCCUUGCCUCCAUUCCACCCACCCCUUGCCCAAAUCUGGACCUUGGUACCUGCUAGGAAGAGCCUCUAACCCA